UUAUCAAAGUAAAUUACAACUCGAAUUGCAUGUUUUGAAUUUGUGACGUAUUCACUCUUUAAAGUUGUCGACGUGAUUUAAUGUAGAAAAUCCAUUGAUUCGCUGAGGCCAGCCAAGAACUCUAGUGAGGACAUUUACGUAAACAAACACGCCGACCUGACUGCUGAUUACUAUUCGUUUUCCUCAAUAAACCCAGUUGAUAUGUUUGUGAUUAUGUGAUUCAAAUUGCGAAACUUUUGGGCUGUUUUAGAGAGUGCUUUGAUGGUCUUACUGUACUAGAGUGAAAAAGAAAAGCUUACCUGAAGAAUAUACAAUAUGACACAUUCGGGCAACCCAUUUAACCAUCUCUUGAAGACCUUCAACUUGGAUGGCAGUGAAUAUAAAUAUUAUGAUUUAUUGUCUUUAAAAGACCCCAAAUAUGAGAAAUUGCCCUUCUCCAUACGUGUAUUACUUGAAGCAGCUGUUCGGUGUUGUGAUAACUUUCAAGUGAAAGAAGUUGAUGUUCAAAAUAUCCUUAAUUGGGAAACUUUGCAGUUUGCAGAAGGAGGUGUAGAUGUUGCAUUCAAUCCAGCACGAGUUAUUCUUCAGGAUUUCACAGGCUUGCCAUGUGUGGCGGACUUUGCAGCAAUGCGGGAUGUGGUACAGAAACUUGGUGGUAAUCCAGAAAAAGUUAACCCUUUGUGCCCUGCUGACCUUGUUAUAGAUCAUUCGGUUCAAGUGGACUUUUAUGAAAGCACUCUCCGUGACAGCCCUAACCCUGGUGGUGGGAGCAGAGAUGCGGCUGGAAAGUUUCAUAUCGCAAAGCAAGAAAGUGAAUCCCUCUCUUCCAGAAUUAAUUGUUGCUCAAAAAAUAUCACUACCGAGCGAUCUGCCUCGCUCGCAUUUAAAUUUAAAAGUUCUGAAAGCGAAUGUACGAGAACGUGGAGGAAAGAGUCUAACAGCCAACCUAGUUUAUCUCGUUUUAAAAGAGAACUGUCUAAUCCCAAUGUAUCACCUCAUCCUCCCAAUCAGCCACUUCAGUAUAUAAUCUGUCCCUUUCACAGAGCAAGGUCUAGAGGUUCUGACGCUUUAGAAAAGAAUCUGGAUUUAGAGUUUGAUAGGAAUAAAGAACGAUUUGUGUUUUUAAAGUGGGGAGCCAAAGCCUUUAAAAAUAUGACAAUAGUGCCACCUGGAUCUGGAAUAUGUCAUCAAGUUAACUUGGAGUACCUUGCUAGAGUAGUGUUUAAUAAUGGUGGAUUGCUCUAUCCCGAUAGUUUAGUUGGUGCAGAUUCGCACACAACUAUGAUCAAUGGCCUUGGAAUCGUUGGAUGGGGUGUUGGGGGCAUCGAAGCCGAGGCUGUUAUGUUGGGACAAGCAAUUAGUAUGGUUCUUCCACAAGUGGUUGGAUAUAAAUUAGUCGGAAAACUGAACUCUCUUGUAACUUCCACGGAUGUAGUCUUAACUAUCACUAAGCAUCUGAGACAAAUAGGUGUUGUUGGCAAGUUUGUUGAAUUCUAUGGGCCUGGAGUGUCCGAGUUAUCGAUUGCUGAUCGUGCCACCAUUUCCAACAUGUGUCCGGAAUAUGGCGCAACUGUUGGUUUCUUUCCUGUUGAUGAAAAAAGCAUUGAAUAUUUACGCCAAACAGGUCGGGAAGAAAAACAUUUGAAGUAUGUAAAAGCAUAUCUAGAAGCUGUACACAUGUUUAGGAAUUACAAUGAUGUUAAUCAAGAUCCUAUAUUUUCUCAGGUUGUAGAGCUAGAUCUCAGUACUGUGGUGUCAUCGGUUAGUGGACCUAAAAGACCCCAUGAUCGUGUUCCAGUUCAAGAUAUGAAGCAGGAUUUUAAAAGUUGCCUCAUAAAUAAGGUUGGAUUCAAAGGCUUUGGUUUAGAUCAAUCUAAGUUGUCAACAACAGUUCCCUUUGCAUUCAAUGAUCAGCAAUAUUUUCUACGUCAUGGUGCUGUUGUCAUUGCUGCCAUCACCAGUUGUACAAAUACUAGUAAUCCAUCUGUGAUGUUAGGAGCUGGUUUAUUGGCUAAGAAAGCAGUAGAAAAAGGUUUAGGUGUUUUGCCCUAUAUUAAAACAAGUAUGUCCCCUGGAAGUGGAGUUGUUACCUAUUAUUUGCAAGAGAGUGGUGUCAUAAAAUAUUUGCAACAAUUAGGUUUUGAUGUAGUUGGAUAUGGUUGCAUGACUUGUAUAGGAAACAGUGGGCCUCUUCCAGAAUCUGUAGUAGAAGCUAUUGACCUGGGUGAAAUUGUGGCUUGCGGUGUUUUAUCUGGGAAUCGUAAUUUUGAGGGUCGAAUUCACCCCCAUACUAGAGCUAACUACCUUGCUUCCCCCCUGCUUGUUGUAGCCUAUGCAUUAGCUGGUACUGUGGAUAUUGAUUUUGACAAAGAUCCAAUUGGAAAAAGUGCAUCUGGCGAGGAUGUCUAUUUAAAUGAUAUAUGGCCAUCACGAGAAGAAAUUCAAGAGGUUGAAACUAAACAUGUGCUUCCUGCUAUGUUUCGUGAAGUUUAUUCCAAAAUAACAUUUGGCAAUAAAAGAUGGAAUUCUCUUGUUGCAUCUGAAGGUAACUUAUAUUCUUGGGAUAUAAGAUCCACCUAUAUUAAAUCUCCACCCUUUUUUAAUGAUAUGUCCAUAGCGCUUCCAGAAAUAAAUGAUAUCAAAGAUGCUAGAGUAUUGCUCAAUUUAGGUGAUUCUGUGACAACCGAUCACAUAUCUCCCGCUGGUAGUAUUUCCCGUAACAGCCCAGCUGCACGCUAUCUAAGUGAACGAGGAUUAACACCCAGAGAAUAUAACUCAUAUGGUGCCAGAAGGGGCAACGAUGAAAUAAUGGCUCGUGGAACAUUCGCCAAUAUUCGUAUUAGAAAUAAGUUCCUUUCCAAAGCUGGUCCUAAAACUAUCCACAUUCCAAGCUCUACUGAGUUGGAUGUGUUUGAUGCAGCUGAGAAGUAUAGAAGUGAGGGUACCCAGCUAAUUAUUUUGGCUGGUAAAGAGUAUGGCUGUGGAUCAUCACGUGAUUGGGCUGCUAAAGGGCCAUAUCUCUUGGGUGUUCGGGCAGUUAUUGCUGAAAGUUUUGAACGUAUCCAUCGUAGUAACUUGGUUGGCAUGGGAUUAAUUCCAUUACAGUUUCUUCCUGAGCAGAAUGCUGAAAGUCUUGGCCUUACUGGUUUAGAAAAAUAUACAAUAAAUGUGCCUAAACACCUUGUGCCAGGACAAAAGACCACAGUGCACGUUGACGAUGGACGGCAAUUUGAAGUCAUCGUAAGAUUUGAUACUGAAGUCGAACUGGCUUAUUUCCGUAAUGGUGGCAUCUUACAGUACAUGAUUCGCCAAUUACUAAAAUCAGCGUAAUUAAUGUCAAAUUUGGUUUAAUACUCUUUAUUUUAAUAUAUUGGGGUUUAGGUUAAUAUAUAUACAAAAAAAUAAAACACUUAUUUCUCUUGGUUAUUUAUUAUUGAUGCAUUAAAUUCAUGUUUUUUUCCCAAUUAUCGAUAAAAAAAUUUUGUGUGUUAAAAUUUCUCAAAUUUUUUAACAUUGGUUUUGAUUUAUUAUUUGAAAUUGCUUUACAUUCAGGUCAAAAGGACUUAAAGCAUUGCAUGUUAAAUUCCUUUAUACAUAUGUACGAACAAUCUAUAAUCUGUUCUUAAUGAAUUGUUUGAUUUGUAGGAACAAUGAAAUUAAUAUUUAAAAUAUUCGUUAUUAUAUUUAGUUUUAUUUAAAGAUUUUCAGUUGUAUUAAUCAUUAUUUGUAAGCCAUAUUUUAUUUUGAAUGUUUCAGACUAUGAAAUGUUUUCUUGUACACAUGAAAUAUUUUGAAUUAAAUAUAUGUUAAAGAAUAAACUGCCAUUGAUUUAUUUAUUGAAGUGUUUAUUUAAUAUGAAUAUCCCUGUUCAACUUUGGUUGAAAUAAAUAAAUUUUUUCACCAAAUGCCCUCUUCAAAAUUCAUAUGUGUUUAAAAGUCACAAUUUUAGAACUAUUAAAAUAUAUUUAUUUAGAUUUAAAGUAAGCUAUAUUUGUUACAAAAUAAUAAUUUAUGUAAGUUGUGUAUUUGUUGUGCUUGUGAUUUUAUAUUUUAUAAAUGUUCUCAUGACUAUUUUGUUGUGAUUAUUUUAAGAUGUAGAAAAUUUAGAUGAAUUUUGAGAAUACAGAUUAUAUUUUUAUUUUGACCUACAUGUGACAUUAAAAAUAUUAUUUGUUAUAAAAACAAAUUUAAAAAAUGUGUACAAAAAACAGAUCAGCAUUAAAUAUGAUUUUCUAUAUGUUGCAUUUUUCUUCUUAUUUUUAAUAGCACACAGUGCUAGAUACCAUAUAAACGAUAAUAACAUUUUUAGCAGCUUAUUGUACUGUUUUUUCGUCAUAAAAUAUUUAUCAGUUAAUACUUUUUAUUUUAAACUUAUCUAAAAUUCCUGCUGGUUUAGCGUGGAGUUUAGAAGUAAAUUAUUAAAACCUAUACCAUAUAUUUUUUUUAGGUAUAAUCGAUUAGAAAUGAAGCAUAGAUCAAUAAACCAAAAUUAUUUAUCAAUUACCAAAAUUAG